AUGGCGGCAACGACGCUAACACUAUCCUCCUCAUCCUCCUCUAUCUCACUCCACAAUCCAACUCCCCGUUUCUUCCUCCUAAACAAGCCCGCCAGCAGUAAGCUCUUCCUCUCUUCCUUAUCCCGCCUCUCCCUCUCCUCCACCGCCACAGCGACGAUUACCGUUCCCCGGUCCAAUCCCGGCGAAAUCGACACUUCCUUCUUCGACGACGAAUUCGAAUCCGAGGAGGAAAUCGUGUUCGACCCGCCAACCCCGCCGGAAGGGUUCAUCGCGCCGCCGUACUUUGACGAGGGCCCGCCGGAGACCGAGGAUGAAAUCGCCGCCGCGUACGAGGAGCUCUACGGGCCUGCGUACAGCGGGGAGAGCUAUCUGGGAAAGGACAUUUACGUGAUGGAUUCGAAGGCGAAGAAGAUGACGGCGUUUGGGAAGGUGAAGAAGGAUAAGAUUAGAGACGGGUUUGAGGAGAGAGUGAUUCAGGUGAGGAGAGUGACAAAAGUGGUGAAGGGAGGGAAGCAAUUGCACUUCAGGGCCAUUGUGGUGGUUGGGGAUAAGCAAGGGCAAGUUGGGGUUGGCGUUGGGAAGGCUAAGGAAGUGAUUGGCGCUGUGCAGAAAUCCGCCAUUAACGCCAGGAGGAACAUCAUCACUGUGCCUUUGACCAAAUACUCCACUUUCCCUCACAGAUCCGAUGGGAAGUACGGAGCAGCAAAUGUGAUGCUAAGGCCGGCCUCUCCCGGUACUGGAGUCAUCGCAGGAGGUGCUGUCAGAAUCGUGCUCGAAAUGGCUGGUGUGGAGAAUGCAUUGGGAAAGCAGCUUGGAAGUAACAAUGCCCUCAACAACGCUAGAGCCACUGUCGUUGCAGUGCAGAAAAUGAGACAGUUCAGGGACGUUGCUCGUGAGCGUGGUAUUCCAAUGGAGGAGCUGUGGAAAUGA